CCUUGAAGAAUCCCACUUCAAUUAAACCUAGUAAUCUUUCCAAUARAGUUCUCAAGAAUGUUGUUUUUUAUGAUUAGGCUUAAAAUAAUCUCUCCUUUUGUGUUUUGUCUGUCUGUAGGACUACAGAGCAGGUCUUGGUAUUACUGAGGUGGACCUGACUGCUGCCAGUGUCAAAGACAUGGACCGCAAGGGCUUUGAAAUCAACACGCCCUUCAAAGUUUUCUGCUUUGUGGCAGACUCAGAACGGGAGAAGGAGCAGUGGAUUGAAGCGGUCCAGGAAUCGAUUGURGAGAUACUCUCCGACUAUGAAGUGGCUGAAAAGAUCUGGUUCAACAAGGCCAACAGGAGCUGCGCCGACUGUUACGCCUCGCAGCCGGAGUGGGCGUCGGUCAAUCUGGGCAUGGUCAUCUGUAAGAAAUGUGCAGCUCCAUUUCCACCAUCUUAACACGACUGCCUGAGAGAAGAUGGGGUUACUUGGAAGAACUUAAGGCUGCUACCCACAAAUGUAAUUGCAAUAAACUUUUUAAACCAGGAGGCAACUUGUAGAUGUGUCGUCGGACAACAGUUUCCACAGUAACGUAAAACAGCCGAGCUCAUUGUCCUGCUCUGACUCGUCCCCGAAUGAGAA